AUGGAUCUCACCCCAGAUUCUCAUCACGAGCCGAAUGAUACGUACGAGACACCCGAAGUCGAACCUUCGAGACGGACAUCCUCGCGGAGAGCACCUCGGAUACGAACCGCAUGUGUGAGGUGUCAGAGGCGGAAGAUCAAGUGCGACGGACGUGUCCCGUCUUGCUCUUCGUGCAGCAAAGCCGGUGUACCUUGUGUUGACGGAGGUCGGCAGCAGGACAAGUAUCCUAGAGCGUAUAUUGCAAGCCUUCAAAACAGAAUACAGUGGCUCGAGUCAUUGUUGACAGAAAAUUGUCCGGAUAUCGACGUGAAGAGUGGCCCUCGAAUUGUUCAGGAUGGCACUCCUCAGGACGGAGAUUCCGUUGAGGCUGCUCCUCCCGCUCAUGAAGGCGCAACCCACAUGGAAGAGGAAAACAAUAUUGAUCCAGCUAUCGCCAAUGAUGUCCAGCAAACUUCAGAUGAUUGUCAGCCCGAUAGAUUGGCACAUGAGAUUGGUCUAGUCUCUGUGACGGGAGGUCAAGAUCCGAGAUAUGUUGGACCGUCUAGUGGAUAUUCCUUUGCCAAAUUGAUUCUUGCAAGCAUUGGCCGUCGCAAUACCAGUCAACGCCAAAGCAUUCAAGUCAAUCCAACAGUCCCAACGAGCGCGUUCAAGGUAGUUCCUUCGGCGCUUCCGACAAGUAUAGAACAUGCUCUGCAACUGUCCUCAGCAUAUUGGGACAAUAUACACUGCCAAUACCCAUUCUUGCAUAAGCCUACCCAUCUCAGACUUAUGGAGCAUGCAUACAGCUCAGGUGAUCCCAGUCCCAUCGCCCUCUUCCAAGUCUAUAUGGUACUUGCCAUCUCAUCAACCAUACUCUCACGACGACUGAAGUUGCCUAUCCCUGCAGAAGGAUACUGCGCGUCUGCGAUGACUUACUUUGACCGAAUUCAAAUUGAAGGUUCACUAGAGGGACUCCAGUGUCUUCUUCUGCUCCAAAUGUACGGAAUGAACAAUCCAUCCAUGGGUCUCAAUUUAUGGUACCUCAAUUACCAAUGUAUCGCUAACGUCCUUGAUCUUGGACUUCAGCGGGACGUCAAAGCGGGCAAGAACUUAUCAUUCCUGACGCAAGAAAUGAGAACCAGGAUCUUUUGGGUCGUUUACUCGAUUGAUAGAACUCUGGCAACCAUUAUGGGAAGGCCAAUCGGGCUUCGAGACGAAGCUUGCGAGCUGCGUAUACCAGCAGAUGUGGAAGACGAUGCACUCCUUACUUCCGAAUUCAACAACUCUCCCGAAAGUUCGCCGACAUCAAGCACCAUGGCGCUUCAUUUGAUCAAGCUCGCCCAAAUUAACUCCGAAAUCAAGUAUGUUGCCAACAGCGUAUCUCACAAGAUACCACCGCACUGCUAUCCUCGAAUUCCAGAUAUAUUAACAUGGCAACAAGAUGUCCUUGGCCGCUUGAACCAGUGGCUAGCUAUCGUUCCAAGAUUGGACAUCAAUCAGAUGAAAUUGUGCGAAAUUAAAUACCACGAGGUCAUGAUCCUUUUGCUACGACCAAGUCCUGCUAUUCGAACCCCAUCAAGUCAUUCAUUGCAGCUUUGUCAUCAGAGUGCGAUCUCAACAAUUCGGGGAUUUGAAGAACUGUACCGGGCUGAUCUCCUUCUGUACAACUGGCCCACCGUCCACUCAGUGUUCUUGGCAUGUGUGUCCAUGCUUUACUGCAUCUGGACUGUCCCAAACAUUGCAAAGGACACAAGACUAGAAAGUUUGAGCGCGGACCUAAACUCUGCAUCUAAGGUGUUGUGUGCCCUCGCUGAACAUUGGGUCGACGCUAAACGAGGUCGAGACGUGCUGGACGAACUUUCACAUGCCACAAUUCGAUGGAUUGUGGAGUCCCAAAAGACUGGGGCGACAGCUACGAGCAACAUGGAUGAUGUUCCUAUUCCACGAGAUGUUCCGAGUACAAACAAUGUUUCUCCCGAGAACGGUCAGCGUAUAAGCACUGGCUCCAGCGACAUCCAAGCACCAGCGAUUUCUUCGUUGGAUGUCACUUUAAGCUCAGAACCGUGGAACACUCUGUUUGGCUUCUCCGACGAAACGCUCGAUUUCGGACUCGAUUCGCUCAUGCAAGGGGUGUUCAGCGAUUAUCAACUAGACUUUGGACAGAGUUUGCCGCUAGAUAAUCAGGUCACGGAAAUUGACGCAUCGGUCCUCUGAGGCGGCUUACCUACGGUAGGAGGAAAGUAAAGCGACCAUCCAAACGGUUGUGCUCCGAAUGAUCCUCGUCUGGCUGUGCCGUCCCCCAUUCUUGCUUACCAACUAUCCCCGCAAAUCUGGGGCGAUCAUGUUGGUGAUGCACAGGGAGAAAAGAAUUGCGGCUUUUUUUGUAGGCAAAGUGGGAGUACAACAUGCGUUUCGAUGUUGGAAAAAGCGAAGCAUUUGAAGCUCUUGGCGAAUGAACUCUGCGCAUUCCAACGAUCUGGUUGACAAGUUGGUCAAGCCUUGCCAAAUUGUCCCAGGCAAGCAGCCAAGACCUGCCACCACUUUUGGGGCCCACGAGAAUUGAUCGGAAUUGCACUGAUGGCUUGGCGCU